AGAAGCAAUAGCACUCCUUGUAUCAUGAAAAUUGAGAGCAGCAACAUUAUGCUCUAAGGUUUGAUUUUAAUUUGUCUCACUAAUAAUACUUUGUGUGAGAUCAAUGGAGGGCAGUGACACACCUAGAGUUGAUGCUCAACGAGUGAGUAGUGGUUUCAACAUGUGGAGGAGCCAUUGCAUGGGUGUUUUCUCAACUUCUGAACGUGAAGAAGAUGAGGCAACUCUAAAGUGUGUUGCAAUAGAGAGACUCCUUGCAAAGGCACGCAUUAUUAGGAGAAGAGACCUCAACCAAGUUGAAGGAAAAGAAGAAGAAGUUGACAUCAAGCAAUUAGAGUUAUCAGAGAGAAAGAGUCUUCUAGAGAGACUUGUGAAGAUACCAGAAGAAGAAAAUGAGAGGUUCUUGUUGAAACUCAAGGAGAGGAUGGACAGAGUUGGGCUUGAAAUUCCAACAAUUGAAGUUCGAUUUGAGCAUUUAAAUGUUGAAGCACAAGUUUAUGCUGGAAGCAGGGCAUUUCCUACAUUAAUAAACUUCUUUGUGAAUUUGCUUGAGGGGUUCUUAAAUUCUCUUCACACAAUUCGAAGUCCAAAGAAACCGCUACAUAUCCUUCAGAAUGUUAGUGGAAUCAUAAAGCCUAGAAGAAUGACAUUGCUUUUAGGGCCACCAAGCUCUGGAAAGACCACUUUGCUGUUAGCGUUGACUGGAAGACUUGGUAAAGAUUUGAAGCAUUCUGGGAGAGUAACAUACAAUGGGCAUGGACUUGAAGAGUUUGUGCCACAAAGGACAUCAGCUUAUGUAAGUCAACGUGAUAAUCACAUUGGAGAAAUGACUGUGAGAGAAACAUUAGCUUUCUCUGCCAGAUGUCAAGGAAUUGGACAGAAUUACGAAAUUUUGACGGACCUAUUGAGAAGAGAGAAGGAAGCAAAUAUUGAACCAGAUCCUGAUAUUGAUGCCUAUAUGAAGGCAGCAGCACUAGAAGGAAAGCAGACCAGUGUGGUCAUUGACUACAUUCUCAAGGUUUUAGGACUUGAAGUGUGUGCUGACAUCAUGGUAGGAGAUGAAAUGAUAAGAGGUAUCUCGGGAGGGCAGAAAAAGCGACUCACAGCAGGCGAGAUGCUGGUUGGACCUAUAAGGGUGUUUUUCAUGGAUGAGAUAUCAACCGGUUUGGACAGUUCCACAACUUUUCAAAUAAUCAACUCUAUCCAGCAAUCCAUCCAUAUUCUGAAUGGAACUGCACUUGUGUCUCUGCUACAGCCAGCCCCAGAAACUUAUGAACUAUUUGAUGAUAUAAUACUAUUAACAGAUGGCCAAAUUGUGUACCAAGGACCAAGAGAAAAUGUACUUGAGUUUUUUGAAUCAACGGGAUUCAAGUGUCCUGAAAGAAAAGGAGUAGCUGAUUUCUUACAAGAAGUGACAUCAAGAAAAGAUCAAUGGCAAUAUUGGGCGCAUAAAGAAGAACCUUAUAGCUUUGUCACUGUCAAGAAUUUUGCUGAAGCCUUCCAGUCAUUUCACAUAGGUCAACAACUUGGAGAUGAGUUGGCCAAUCCUUUUGACAAGUCUAAAUGUCAUCCAUAUGCAUUGACCACAAAGAACUAUGGUGUUAAGAAGAAGGAGCUGUUGAAGGCUUGUGCUAGCAGAGAAUUUUUGCUUAUGAAGCGCAAUUCCUUCGUCUACAUAUUCAAAGCCACACAACUUACUUAUUUAGCUAUAUUGACAACAACAUUAUUUCUACGAACCAAGAUGAGCCGCAAUACCUUGGCGGAUGCAGAAGCUUACAUGGGUGCUCUAUUCUUCACAGUCACUGUUGCUCUGUUCAAUGGAAUAUCAGAACUGAAUAUGGCCGUCAUGAAACUUCCUGUCUUUUACAAGCAAAGAGACCAGCUUUUUUACCCUUCAUGGGCAUAUUCUUUUCCACCAUGGAUCCUCAAAAUACCAAUAACCCUUGUUGAAGUUUUCAUCUGGGAGUGUAUUGCUUAUUAUGCUAUUGGCUUUGAUCCAAAUAUUGGAAGGCUUCUAAAACAGUACUUGGUAAUCUUUUGCAUUAACCUGAUGGCAUCAGGGCUUUUUCGGAUGAUGGCUGCAUUAGGAAGGAAUAUUGUAGUGGCAAACACUGCUGGGACAUUUGCACUGCUUGCAGUUACAGCCUUUGGAGGAUUUGUGAUUUCACGAAAGGAUGUGCACAAAUGGUUGCUGUGGGGUUACUUUUCCUCACCACUGAUGUAUGGACAGGCUGCUAUAGCUGUGAAUGAAUUUCUUGGGCAUAGUUGGAGAAAGGUUAGUCCUAAUUCCAAUGAAACAUUGGGAGUAUUGAUACUGAGAUCUCAUGGAUUUUUCCCUGAAGCUUAUUGGUAUUGGAUUGGAAUAGGAGCAUUGAUCGGUUAUGCUUUUCUGUUUAAUUUUCUCUUCACCUUGGCUUUGCAAUAUCUCAAUCCAUUCAGAAAUUAUCAAUCAGGGCUACCCCAAGAGAAGCUGCUCGAGAGAAAUGCUUCAACAGCUGAAGAGUUCAAUCAGUUACAAGCAAGAAAGAGCUCUUCUGAUACAAAGAUGGAAGAAGUUGGUGAAAAUAACAAAGCUACUGAUAGAGGAAAGAGAGGCAUGGUUCUUCCUUUUCAACCUCUAUCGCUCACUUUUGAUGAGAUAAGAUACUCAGUAGACAUGCCACAGGAAAUGAAAAGUGAAGGAAUCUCUGAGGAUCGUCUAGAACUUUUGAAGGGUAUUAGUGGUGCUUUUAGGCCAGGAGUACUAACAGCUCUGAUGGGUAUAAGUGGUGCUGGCAAGACUACUCUACUGGAUGUUUUAGCUGGGAGGAAAACUAGCGGAUACAUCGAAGGAAGCAUCACAAUAUCCGGAUACCCAAAGAACCAAGAAACAUUUGCUCGCAUAGCAGGAUACUGUGAACAAUUUGAUAUCCACUCGCCCAAUGUCACAGUUUAUGAAUCUUUGCUAUAUUCUGCAUGGCUUCGUUUAUCUCCCAAAGUUGAUAAAGCAACUAGAAAGAUGUUCAUUGAGGAAGUUAUGGAACUUGUAGAGCUUAAUUCAUUAAGAGAAGCACUUGUUGGAUUGCCAGGAGAGACUGGACUGUCGACGGAGCAGCGCAAGAGGCUUACAAUUGCAGUUGAACUUGUCGCCAACCCAUCAAUAAUUUUCAUGGAUGAGCCAACCUCUGGCCUUGAUGCUAGGGCAGCUGCAAUUGUGAUGAGAACUGUGAGGAACACCGUGGACACAGGACGCACUGUGGUUUGCACCAUCCACCAACCAAGUAUCGAUAUAUUCGAUGCCUUUGAUGAGCUGCUACUUCUGAAAUUGGGAGGGGAGCAGAUAUAUGAUGGUCCAAUAGGAAACAACUCUUCCAAUCUGAUCCAGUACUUUGAGGCUAUUCAAGGAAUUCCUCAGAUCAAAGAUGGUUAUAAUCCAGCAACUUGGAUGUUGGAAGUUACAUCAGCAGCAAAAGAGGCAAAUCUUAAGGUUGACUUAACAGAAGUGUACAAAAAUUCAGAACUACACAGGAGAAACAAACAAUUGAUCCAGGAGCUUAGUUCACCUUCUCAAGGUUCAAAAGAUCUAUACUUUGAUAGUCAGUAUUCACAAAGUUUCGUGGCACAAUUCAUAGCUUGCCUAUGGAAACAGCAUUUGUCAUAUUGGAGGAACACAUCAUAUACCGCAGUUAGACUCCUAUUUACAACAAUGGCAGGUUUAUUGAUGGGGGUGAUUUUUUUGGACGUUGGCAAGAAAAGUCACAGGAGAAAGGAGCAAGAUGUUUUCAACGCAAUGGGUUCAAUGUAUGCUGCUGUUACCUCCAUUGGGGUUAUAAAUGGUGCCUCAGUGCAGCCUAUAGUAGCAAUUGAGAGAAAUGUAUUCUAUAGGGAGAGAGCUGCAGGAAUGUAUUCAGCUUUGCCAUAUGCUCUUGCACAGGUUAUUAUAGAGCUUCCCCACAUCUUGGCUCAGGCUCUGAUAUAUGGUCUCAUAGUAUAUGCCAUGAUGGGGUUCGAAUGGACAACAUCAAAGGUCUUCUGGUAUCUCUACUACACUUACUUUACUUUCCUAUACUACACUUUCUAUGGUAUGAUGACCAUGGCCAUAACUCCUAACCCACAUGUUGCGGCCAUAUUGUCCACCUCAUUCUAUGCAAUAUGGUGCCUUUUCUCAGGCUUCAUCAUUCCCUUAUCGAGAAUACCCGUAUGGUGGAAAUGGUACUAUUGGAUUUGCCCUGUUUCAUGGACCUUGUAUGGAUUGGUGGCUUCCCAAUAUGGAGAUGACAUGGACAAACUUGAAAAUGGUCAAAGGAUUGAUGAAUUUGUGAAGAGAUAUUUUGGGUUUGAACAUGAUUUUCUAGGAGUAGUUGCAAUUGUGGUGGCUGGUUUCUCAGUGUUGUUUGCACUUAUCUUCGCCUUUGGAAUCAAAGUAUUCAACUUUCAAAAACGAUGAAAUCAUCGCAAUGCUUCUCAAUCCAGAGCUUUUGUGCAUCCAUUUGAAGCAUUGAGUCUAUGUUCUCAAAUCUUAGUCAAAAUAAUUUAUAUGAAAAACGCCUACUCGUGACGGCUGAACUGAAUUUUGCAAUUCCUUUGUAAGAUUCGUUCAUAGUAUAUAAAUUGGUCCACUUGUACUUAAUUUUCAUGCAACCAAUAUAUUACCUU